AUGAGAUAAAAGGAUAGAUAAAAGAGUAAAGGAAAAUAUUUAAGCAUAUCAAAAGAACUAGUUUAAAUAGUGGAUGUACAUGGUGGACCAAAUUGUAAAAAUUGGGGAUAAGUUGCCAGACAUUUAGAAGCUCAAGUUGGAAUAAAGAUUGAAAAGGCAUAUAGAUUGAAAAGAGCGUAUAAAUUAAUAAUAUAUAUAUAUAUAGAUGGGAAUCUUUUGUUGAUUACAAUGAAAACAUGUCUAAAGAACAAUUAGCUAUGUUAUUUGAAACAGCUAUAAAGACAAGAGGGAAUAUGGAAUAUGCAAAACAUGAAUUUAAGAGAUUGACAGGAAUCUAAUUAUAUUCGACUCGUUAUGCUGAUUAUGUAAAAACAUGGUUGAAACCAGGAUUAUUAGGAUUUAAAGAUUGUUAUAUAUUUUCAGUUGUAAAAUCUUUGAGAAGAUCUGAUUUCUAUUAAAAACAUACUAUGGUAUAACCAAUAACAGUAUUAUCAAUGUUAAGAAUUUUGGAUCAUGAUAUAGAAGAAUAUAAGGAUGACUUUUUUGUUAUGGAUUUUAGAGAAAGUGCAGAGAAGUUGCAAGAAUUAUUAAAAUGUUAUGCUAGUUGUUUUUAAGAAUCAAGAGAAGAGAGAUAUAGCAAAUUUUCAAGAAUAACUACAAGACAUUAAUUUAAAAAGAUCUAUUUUUAUUUAUAAUUGAUGGAAGAGUUUAGAAGAAUUAAUAGAUUUUUUACUAAUCAUGUGAAUCAAUUAACAUUUCAUCCUAUGUUAUAUAAAAGUAUUGAAUAAAAUAAAUAAUGUCCAAUUUAUAAAUUGACACUAUUAGAAAAUGAUUAUUCUAAAAAACUACAAUUAUUUAAUGAAUCAAAUAAUAAUGCAAAUGAAUAAUUUUCAGUUCUUUUGAAACCAAAGAAAAAAAGAACUUCUUAGAAAUCAGGAAAUGAUGAAGAAAAGAAUUAAUAGAAGGAAUAAUAGAAUCCAUAUGUUUAUCAAUUAGAAGAAGAAGAUUUGGUUAAAUAAAUCAAAGUACCUAAAAAAAUGAGUGAAACUAAAAAGAAAUAUAAAGAUUAUCGAUAUUUUAGAGGACAUUUUAUAAGAGAAGGAUAAUAUUAAUGUAAAGGAUUAACAACAAAAGAUUUUGAAUAUGAUGUUCCACUUGAAUAAUGA